GAAAAUUCUACUCUUUUUUCUUUUGUUCGAUUGCAUCACCACAUAUUACCAUUUGCCCUUGCACCACCGUCUCAUUUUUGUCCUCAUUUAUUUCCCCUGUUUCUAUUUUAAAGAUUUUUAACAACACACAUACACACCAAAAAUCGAAAAAAUAAUAAUUAAAGAAAAAACGAACGUGUUCCUGAGUUCAACCACUUUCUCUCUCUUGUUUCUCCCUCAUUUUCUUUCUCUCUCUUCUGAAACGAAUUGAAAUUGGCACAAUCGCCAACAGAAAUUCGCUGACACGCUUUGAAACCUAUCUGUGCUACGCAUUUAUGAACUCUUAUCUCCCUCUUUAAUUCCUUCUCCUCUGCUAUCUGUUAUGAAGUUACUCUGUGGCGGUUGUUCUUUCAUCCUCUUCUCACUCAUCAUCACAUUUCAUUCUUCAUUUUUCUUGAAUUUCAAUUUCAAUCUCUCAGGUCUUCUGUCUAAUGCUUCGUUCAAGAAUUCCGUGAAUCAAUGAAUGCAUUGUAAAGAGUGACUCUGUUUUUCGGAUUUUGAAACAGGUGCUAGUGGAAAAUUUGUUCAAGGUUUUGGUGAUACUAACAAAGGCUUUCAAGGCGUUGUUGUUUCUCUAGAUGGAGAAAUGUGACGAUGAACGCUGCAUUUUUCCUCUUACGGGUUUGCAAAUUAGAGACUUGCAAUCUUAUUUUGCAGAUCUUAGUCUUUUCCUCGCAAAUGAUAGUAAAAAAAUGUAUAUUUUUGUUGACAAUAGACCAUGGUUGAGAGACCUUGGUUCACGGGGAGCACACUUUUGGCAAUUGAUGGUUACCAAGUCGAGGUUGUCUCCUUUUGCAUACAGCAAAAAUCGAAGAGAAAAAAAAGAAGGAAAGGAGGUUUCUUCUCAACCAAGCACAAGUAAACCAAAGAACUUGUUCUCAGUGAUUGAAGCAGUAGCGUCAUCAAGAAAGAGAGUGUUGCUGCCUGUAAAACACAUAAAGAAUUCUUUGCAACUGAGCAGUGAACUACAUAGAACUCUACAUGGCUUUAUUGUAUUUGAAGUUGCAUGGAACAAUGUUCGUGGUAUCAACUACUUUAAUGAGCUCCAGACUGAUACAUCACUGGCUAUAGAAGCUAAACUUAUGAAAAGAUGGGAAUUUGACAAUAUUGCUCAAGCUGCAAGCUGUAUGUCUUCAUGGUUCUCAGGAACACUUUCUGAACAGCUACUUUUGAAAGGGCGCCUGGAGUCUGCCUCAGGGGAAAUAUUUUAUGAUGCUAGUGAAAUUUUGACAGGGGAAAUAUUUUAUGAUGCUAGUGAAAUUCUUCCUGAGAAUGUAUCUGUUGAUGAUGAUGACGAUAACAUUUGCAAUGGUACCAUAACUUUUGAAGAUAGUUUGGAUACCACAACAGGAGCAUAUUCUGAUGACGCCAAAGCGACAACUGACAUGCUGCACACACCUCCUCCUUCUGGGCCUAAUAAGAGAAGAAGAUUAUCGCCUUUUAGUGCUGAAGUGGAUGUUGAUAGCUAUUCAGCAGCUGAAAUUAAUAACUCGUUGAAUUGUUCUCCGAGGUCUGCAUCUGUUUCUGAGGAUGGGGUUGAAACCACUCAGUAUAGUGAUGCUCUACUGUUAUUUAGGUUUAAUGAUCACGACCUCCCAUUCAAAUUAAGGGAUGUUAUUGUAUCUGAUCUGCGAUUGCUUACUUUGUUAGAGGCUGGUCUUCCAUCUUGGGUGAUCUUCCUUCAAUCAUAUCCAGUGUUAUGCAAUCUUUAUCGUCCUUGGAUGUGCCCGCUAGUUAGACUGUUAUAUGUUAUAAUGUCAUUUGUCACUGUCCUCAUUGGAUUCUAUGAUUUAUACAAAAAUGUUCCAGUUCUCAAGGCAACUGCAUCUCGUAUAUGUGGGCCUCUUUUUGAUUGGAUUGAAACUUGGGAGAUGGUUUCAAGGGUCAAAUACUUAGGGACAAUGCUGUUUCUACAUAACUUCCAGAAGGCUGUUAGGUGGUGUCUCGCCUUAACACAUACUACACGGUCCUUUUUUUCAGUUCUUAUUCAACCUCUUAUAGAGUCAAUUGUGGAGAUUUUUGGAUUUCUUCUCCCAAGCUUAAAUAUUUUGUUUGAACUAUUAGAAAGCAUAUUUUCUGUCAUUUGGUUUGGGAUUGAGACUUCUUGCAAUCUAGUGGGAGAUGUGGUGGAGCUACUCUUUUUGCCACUGUGGUUUAUCCUCACUGUUGUUUGGAGGAUUGCUACUUGUGUCUUAUAUCCUCUAUUUCGGAUUCUCUGGGAAUUUCUAUAUGCUCCUGUUCGUCUAGUCGUGGCACUGUUCAGUUUUCUGGCUGUAAUAUGCACACGCAUUUUUAAUAUACUUGGAGAGACAUGGAAGUUUCUUGGUAGCAUAAUCCAAUUUGCUUCGUCCUCUGAAGCCACAGUCAGCAGUUAUGAAGUUUCCAUGUGGCGCUCUCUUUGGAAUGAUCUUUUUUCACAGAUUUUCCGAGCUCUCAAAAGCAUAGUAUAUGGGCUUGUUGCCUUUUUCGCAGCCUGCAACAGGCAUCGACUAAGUAUCUAUAAUCAUGUACAGGAGUUUAUCCAAAGAUUAUAUGGUCGGUGCCAAAGAUCACAUCAAUCAGAUAAUAGAAAAAUUUGUUUGACAGUGGAUCUGGCAGAAGAAAAGAAGAAAGUUUAGCUCUAUCUAUCAAGAUACUACUCUCGCUUUCGCAAAAACCAGUUUGACAAUCCUGACAUCAACCAACUGCACAGAAACAUGGUGUUCAGGCGUUUAGGCAUCCGGUUGUACAGCUGCUUCUUCUGCAAUCCUGAUACGAUUACAUACAAAGAGUCUGAGAUAUUCGUUUGCUCGGUGACAAUUACAUAGUCUAAGUUAUCAUAUGUAUAUAUGCAUAGAAAACAUGUAAAGCAACUAAUUCCUUCAAUGUAUAUUCAACAUAUCAAUUUUGCAUAGUUGAUAACCACGCAGUAUAUAAAUUUCUAAGUAGCAUUGUGCCCGUGUUUUA